AUGGCAACUUCAGCUUCGUUUUUGAGGCAGCUAAGUGGAAAACAAGGCUGGAAAUCCAAAUCCUGUAGGUGGGGAAUGAACAGCAACAAUGACAAAAACGUUGUUGGUGGGAAAAAAUGUGUUGGGUUUUCUGAGACGACCUUACGAACUCGGAGAAUGGAACAAGGUGGUGUUAACAUGUAUGGCAAUGGCGAUGAUGAUGGGUUGGUUCUAAGGAAGAGGGUGAUGGUUGUGGUGGACCAAAGUUCACAUUCUAAGCAUGCAAUGAUGUGGGCACUUACUCAUGUUGUUAACAAGGGUGAUUUGAUUACUCUACUCCAUGUUAUCUCCCCAAUCCCAACGUGUUCACAGUCUUCUUCUUUUCUUGCUACCUCUCUUGAAUCACUUUGCAAGGCUUGUAAACCUCAGGUAGAAGUGGAAACAGUGGCAAUCCAAGGCCCAAAGCUGUCGACAGUGAUGAGCCAAGUGAAGAAGCUAGGGGUAUCAGUGUUGGUACUUGGUCAAAAAAGGCAAUCUCCAUUCUUAACCCGGUGA